AUGUCCGAGCAGGAGGCAAAAUCUUCAACUGAAGGCUUGGAGGAUAAGCAAGAAUACAUACAAUUCAAAGUCAUUGGACAGGGUAGCAGUGAGAUUCACUUCAAGGUGAAAGUAACGACACAUCUCAAGAAACUCAAAGAAUCCUACUGUCGCAGACAGGGAAUUCCAGAAGAGGGUGUGAUGGAAGUUUCUCAGGAACAAACGGGGUCAUUCAACAGUUUGGAUAUGAGGGUUAGGAGCUUGGAGAAUAGUAAUCAUAAAACCCAGGGGAAGAAAAUCGGGGAGAAGGGAACGGAGAAGGUGAACAAGGAGGAGGUGAUAGAGUGGAGGGCUAAGUAG